ACAGCUGUCUGAGAGUCCCGCGGCCUCCCCGAUCGAAUCAAUGUCGUGCACAAAGCGUUGACAGCCAAGGACAGGAAAGUCAGAAUCAAAGUGGUAGUCAUGGAAACAACCCAGGUCUGUUUCCACCCACAAAUCGAUGAGGUUCUGUGUGUGUGUGUGUGUGUGUGGGCCGGAUGUGGCGAGGAGAACCCCUGUCCCACAUUCAGACACGGACGCCCCCGCUCGCCCUCCACAGACGCGGUGAGGACAGACGGAGGAAGAUGGUGAAACGAGUCCAGAUCCAGGCUGGGAUGCUGUUUUUGGCUCUGGGUGUGCACCUGGGGGCAGCUGCCGCAGGCAUGCUCAGAGUUGACGGGGCCCAGGAUGGAGGUGGUAGUGGUGGUGCGGACACCAUCAGCCACUCCCUGACCCUGGUGCAGCGCCUGGAGGCCCUGCUGGUUCAGGGUAACGGCAGUGACGUGUCGCUCAGGGUGGAGACGCCCAACGCUGAUGAGGUGAAGGUGAUCCAGGCUCACUCUCUGGUGCUCUCCCUGCAGAGCCCCGUGUUCGAGGAGGCGCUGCUGAACCGCAACGGCAGCACGUUGGUCCUGAAGGAGAGCUCCGACUGUGCUGCCGCGUUUGACAAGUUCAUCAGGUAUCUGUACUGUGGAGAGAUUUCUCUGCGUCUGGACCAGGCCACACCUUUACACAAGCUGGCCACUAAAUAUCAAGUGACGGUUCUCCAGCAGGGCAUCACCCGGUACAUGACCCAGAAUCUGGCCCGGGACUCCUCCUCGGGCCACGUGGCGGGCUGGUACGAGUACGCCCUGCAGGCCGGGGACGUGACCCUGAGGGACAGCUGUCUGCAGUACAUGGCCUGGAACCUGUCGUCGGUGCUGCAGAGCGGAGAGUGGGCGACCAUCAGCAGCCAGCUGCUCAUGGCGCUGCUGCAGCGCUCAGACCUCAUCCUGCAGAGCGAGAUGGAGCUCUUCGCAGCGCUGGAGGCCUGGAUUAUUCAGAACGAGCCGGACGGUCUGACAGCAGAGAACGCUUUGAGAGCUGUGCGUUAUGCCAUGAUGCCACCGCGGGAGCUCUUCCGCCUGCAGACCCAGUCGUCAGUCCUGGCUCAGUAUCAGGAGUCAGUGCGUGACCUGCUGUACAUGUCCUACCAGUUCCACGCUGCACCGCCGCUGCAAAUGGCCAAAUACUUUGACGUCAACUGCAGCCUCUUCGUGCCCAGGAACUACCUGUCACCAUUGUGGGGGUCGCCCUGGAUCAUCAGCAACCCAUCACGAGACGACCGCAGCACCAGCUUCCAGACCCAGCUGGGGCCCAGCGGCCAUGACGCCAGCAAGCGGGUGACUUGGAACGCUCUGUUCUCUCCACGGUGGUUACCCCUCAGCAUGAGGUCCAUGUACACGGAGUCGGGCGCCAUGCAGCCAACACGUGUAGAAGGAGGGCGCCCUCGGAUCAUCAUCACGCCGGCCACGUCCAGCACUGAUUUCGCCGGGGUGAACUUCCAGAAGACGGUGCUUGUGAUGGCUCAGCGGCAGGGGAAGGUGGUGGUGAAACACGUCUACAACUUCCAUCAGAGCACGGAGGAAAACGGGGAUUUCUUGGUCGAAGCAGAUUUAUACCGCCGGACGUCUGAGUACCUCACUGACAGCUCCCUCUUCCUCCAUAUUGUGGUGAAGCCGCUGUACCAAACCCUCAUAACCACCAAGAACUGAUCCUGUCACGUCACGUCACCACAAAGUCCAGCCCACUGAAGCGACAUCACGAGGAUGUGGAUCUGAACUCUGAAACAUCCCAUGAAAAUGUGGAUUAAUCCGCAGCUUAAAAUAGUCCCCAACAGAUGCACAAACAAAUGUUUCCUUUUGUUUGAGUAACGUCUGAUAAAAAAUAACUGAACUUAUUUUAAAUAAUAAAACUAUGUAUUUGUAUUCGUGAAGUUUAAAGAUUUACACCGACUGAAACACAUUUCUGUUUUUCUGUUGUCUUGUCCUUUGUAUGUUUGAUGUUCUGUUCCUGAAACAUUUUUCUUUGUGUUGUUUUUAGAUUUUGGUAUUAAAGCUCAUUUACACUUCAGACUUCGUCUAUGUUACAUGUAACUGUUGUUUCAGCAGCUUUUUAACGACGUGUUGUUAAAUGAAAUAUAGAUUAAAAUGUUGAAAUGUCUCCAACCUUCAGACAUUUUUGACCUUCUGACCUUCCCGGACACUAAAUGUUUUACUUUUACUUUAGUCGUCAUGUAACAAUAUAUAACAAACUCUUCACGCUGCAGUAGAUGUCAUUAGUUUAUUAAUGA